AUGGCUCCAACCGGUAGAAAAAGAGCAAGAGCGAAAACAACAACAAGACCAAGAAGAACCCAGUACAAGAAGGUGGUUGUGAAGCCCAAGAGCGUUAAAGAAGUAUCAAUAGUUGAGGAUUUGCCUUCUAACUCUUCCACCGCCUCAAGCGGCAAUGAUUUUUCAAAGAUUAGUGGCUUAGAUUUUGAGGGUGUUGAUAUCUCUACAAGUGCAUGCUCUACUCCAAAAGCUGAGAGAUUUCGGAUACCAGAGAUUCAAACAUGCCCACCAGCACCAAGGAAGCAAAGGAUAAUAUCAAAUUGCUCUUUGCAAAGGAGACCGAUUGCUUUCUUUGCUCCUCCAGAUUUAGAGCUCUUCUUCUUCUAUGCACUUCAUGAUAUAUCAGUCUGA